AUGGCCAACUAUCUCGCUUCCAUUUUCGGUACAGAGCAGGACAAGGUCAAUUGCUCUUUCUACUACAAGAUCGGCGCAUGUCGGCACGGAGAUCGCUGCUCCCGUAAACAUGUCAAGCCCUCCUAUUCGCAGACCGUCUUGAUGCCGAACAUGUACCAGAACCCAGCCUACGACCCCAAGAAUAAGAUGAACCCCAGCCAGCUGCAGAAUCACUUCGAUGCCUUCUACGAGGAUGUGUGGUGUGAGAUGUGCAAGUACGGUGAACUUGAGGAGUUGGUCGUUUGCGACAACAACAAUGAUCACCUCAUCGGCAACGUUUACGCUCGGUUUAAAUACGAAGAAGAUGCCCAAGCAGCAUGCGACACCCUCAAUUCACGAUGGUACGCCGCAAGACCUAUAUACUGCGAAUUAUCGCCCGUGACAGAUUUCCGAGAAGCAUGUUGUCGUCUGAAUAGUGGGGAGGGAUGUGUCCGAGGAGGAUUCUGCAACUUCAUCCAUCGCAAGGAUCCCUCCGCGGAGCUCGAUCGCGAUAUGAGACUUAGCACAAAGAAAUGGUUGAAGGAGCGUGGUCGUGACCCUCGAAGCGCUACUCGCAGUCCUACCCCCGAACCUACUCGACGGAGGUUUUAG